CAUGCGAGAAACCUGAGAAGACCAUUAUGAAGACAGUCGUAAUUCUGAUUGUACUGAUCGCUACGGGAGUGGUUUACGCCAAAAACGAACAUGCACGAAGAUGGAGACAACAUUAUGAAGAAUGUGCUCAAAUGUUUGAUGUGGAAGUUGACGUCCGAAUCGAUUUAAUCCUAUGCGCGGCAAUCAAGGAUGGUGGAUAUCUGUAUACAAAUGGCGCAUACAGUCCGGAAACACUUUUAAGGAGAAUACCAAUGUUCGUUUCCGAUCCAGUCAAAUUGCAACAAGCAUAUCAAAUAUUUUACAAAUGCAAUAAUGAAGCAACUCAAUCCGGAGAAGAUGGUUUAUGGAAAUCAAUACAAUUUCUACUCUGCGGUAAAUCAAUGAUAACACUCAUUGAUGCAGAAUGAAUACAA